AUGGCCAACUUUGCUGCUAGGACAGAGGUGAACUUCUGUUUGCAGGCACUGUUGUAUGACAUUAAGAAGGUGAAUCCAAAGAGGACCGUAGAUGUAGGGUCAUUCCAAGUAAACCCUGACGGGACACAAGAGAGGAGUAAGGUUCCUUUACCAAAGUCAGAGAGCAACUUAAUGGAGUUGUUGGGACAGAAAAAGAGAUGGGAGAGAUUUUCUCCUAGGCGAGAAGAGAAAAUCUAUGCAGACCUAGAAAAAACUGGGUUUUAAUCUGAUGCUUACAAACCUUUGAAACUUGAGUGGGAAAGUAUCAUAGAAGAGUAUGAAGAUGAAAUAUUCUCACUUAUCGCCCAAGAGGCAGACUAUCUAGCUGACAAGCUGUGCAGUGAAAAAUCAGGGUGUAAUAUGCUGAGCUCCUCUGUUCUCCAAGGCCGGUCCAUGGCCAACCCCAUCCACAGGAGCACCAGCAAGCGCCCAAAGCCAGAUGUGAAAUCCAGCUGGGCAGCAGCAGGUUCACACAAGAGUUUAGAUGCUUCCUGA